GAAGAGGAGGGUAAGUCGCCCCAUUGAUUCGCUGGCUGGAUUCCGCGAUGACAUCUGUAGCCUCCCUUCCACUUUUCUCUCGCUCUCCUGGUGCUGCUGAGAGCGGGUGUCGGGGUGCCCAGUAGGCGGAGAGGGAGGGAAGGAGGCAGGCGGGCGAGUUGUCGGUGCCGAGGAAUCCAGGAAUUCACGGACCUCUUCCUCAGAGUGGCUUUCGGCUUCCCAUCACUAGAUCCCUUGCAAAUGCCUAGGCUUCAGUCAGCAGUCCCGGAUUCAAUCAGACUCUGCUAACGGGGGUUGAGAGAGAGAGCGAGGUGAGUCCGAGUGAAUGUCAAGUCAGCCAUUCCUUCUGAUGUUCAAGAAGAGCGAAGAUGGACAACUCAUCUAGUUAGAGAAGCUUUCAUGCGUUGCCCUCCUUACUAAAGUAAUCUGGGCAGUAGGGCUUUGGGACAGCACUGCUUCUCCAGCGACUUCCUCCUCUCUCCGCCUUUACCCACUGUAAUACAAAAACUCCUUUCUCUGCAAGAAAGUAUUUUGGCGAGCAAUUGAUUUCUCCAUAAUUUCUGAUAAGACUACUAAUUGAUCAUAUUUACCCCUUCGUUUUAUAUUAAUGGAGAUCGAUAGACCUCAAUGAUAUCCUCAUUUCUGAGCCAAUAGAUAAUUCAUUCGUCAUAGUUUUGGGGUGGGUUUUUUUUUGUUUGUUUGUUUGUUUUUGGUUUUUCUCCUUAGUGGGAGAAAAGUGACCGUGCGUUUGUUCUGCAGAUUGCCAGUUCCCUCUGAGGGGUGUGUAUUGGUGCUGAGACUGCAACAAAAGUUUCUAGCCUCUUGUCUCAGUCUGGGGGUUAAUCGCAGAGGAGAGGAAAGGACACUGGCUUGGCUCACCAGGAACCGCCAGGGAUCCUGCACUUUCCUCCACCCAUCUAUACUGGCGUUUUUAACAUUUGCCAUGAAGAGGAAACAGAAGAGAUUUCUGCAAAUGACUUUAUUAUUUAUGGUAGCUUUAAUUUUCCUGCCCAAUAUUGGUCUCUGGUCUCUAUAUAAGGAUAAGCAUCUGGUGAAAUCCGGGGGACCUGGAGAGCAGCAGACAUUUCCACUGGGCCUAGGAGAUGGGCAGCUUUAUACCUGGACAGAUGGUUUGAAAAGAAAAGAUUGGCAUGACUAUGGAAGCAUUCAGAAAGAUGCUCUCCGUUCAGGCAAGGGUGAACAUGGGAAACCUUAUCCUCUCACUGAAGAAGACCGUGAUGAUUCAGCUUACAGAGAAAAUGGCUUCAAUAUUUUUGUGAGCAACAACAUUGCUUUGGAGAGAUCACUGCCAGAUAUUCGUCAUGUUAACUGUAAACACAAGAUGUACCUGGAGAAGCUGCCAAACACUAGCAUCAUUAUUCCUUUUCAUAAUGAAGGUUGGACUUCUCUUCUGCGCACUAUACACAGUAUAAUUAACAGGACUCCAGACAGUCUGAUAGCUGAAAUUAUUCUAGUGGAUGACUUCAGUGAUAGAGAGCACCUGAAAGAUAAAUUGGAAGAAUAUAUGGCCCGGUUUUCCAAAGUGAGAAUUGUUCGAACCAAAAAACGGGAAGGACUGAUCCGAACCCGACUCUUGGGUGCAUCUAUGGCAAAAGGAGAAGUUUUAACCUUCCUAGAUUCUCACUGUGAGGUCAAUGUGAACUGGCUGCCUCCUUUGCUUAACCAAAUUGCCCUAAAUCACAAAACUAUUGUGUGUCCCAUGAUCGAUGUCAUCGACCACAAUCACUUUGGGUACGAAGCCCAGGCUGGGGACGCCAUGAGAGGAGCCUUCGACUGGGAAAUGUACUACAAAAGAAUCCCCAUCCCUCCAGAGCUCCAGAGAGCAGAUCCCAGUGACCCUUUUGAGUCUCCUGUUAUGGCUGGAGGACUCUUUGCUGUUGACCGAAAGUGGUUUUGGGAAUUGGGUGGCUAUGAUCCAGGCUUAGAAAUCUGGGGAGGAGAACAGUAUGAAAUAUCUUUCAAGGUAUGGAUGUGUGGAGGAGGAAUGUUUGACGUUCCAUGUUCUAGAGUUGGUCAUAUCUACAGGAAGUACGUCCCUUAUAAAGUUCCAUCUGGGACCAGCUUGGCAAGAAACUUAAAGCGUGUAGCAGAGACCUGGAUGGAUGAAUUUGCCGAGUAUAUUUAUCAGCGGCGACCCGAGUAUAGACAUCUUUCAACCGGUGAUAUCUCUGCCCAAAAGGAGCUCCGGAAACACCUCAAGUGCAAGGAUUUCAAGUGGUUCAUGGCAGCCGUGGCCUGGGAUGUCCCGAAGUACUACCCCCCAGUGGAGCCUCCACCAGCUGCCUGGGGGGAGAUUCGGAAUGUGGCUGCCAACCUCUGUGUAGACAGCAAACAUGGUGCCACGGGGACUGAGCUGAGGCUGGAUAUCUGUGUGAAGGAUGGCUCUGAAAGGACAUGGUCCCAUGAACAGCUCUUCACCUUUGGAUGGCGGGAAGAUGUGCGUCCUGGAGAACCACUCCACACCCGAAAGUUUUGCUUUGAUGCCAUUUCCCACAGUAGCCCUGUCACGCUCUAUGAUUGUCACGGCAUGAAGGGGAACCAGCACUGGGGCUAUCGGAAGGACAAAACUUUAUUCCAUCCAGUGAGCAACAGCUGCAUUGAUUGCAAUCCAUCAGAGAAAAAGAUUUUCAUGAACAGAUGUGACCCUCUCUCGGAGACUCAGCAGUGGAUUUUUGAACACAUUAACAUGACUAUUUUAGAAAAAGUGAGCAGCAACAUCAGCUCUUAGAAAGAAAGGAGGACAAAGAAGACAAUGACAUGCAGAUUGCAAAUGAAAUUUUGGCCAGCGGCAUCUGGGUCGAAGGAGUCAGGAAUUAAUUUCCUAGAUCCAGGAAGCCUGUUUAAAGGAUUAAGGAGAUGCCAUGGCACAGCCCAGUAAGUUGCCACAAUGGACUUCCUGCAUCUGAACCACUUGGCUGAGAACCUCACCAGCUGCUUCAGAGAACUACAGACUGGCAUUUCCCUUGCUGGUCAAGGGCAAACUUUAAUAAGGACUUUUCAAAACAACUUGUGAGUUAAUAAAGUGAAACAAAAUCCUAGCAUUUCUCAGGUCAAAUCCUGCAGUAGUGAGUAGCUAUGAAUGGAUGCUAUU